ACGUGCCAGCCUCGGCCGUUGGCGCGAAAACUGUGGGAAAGACAGGGACACUUCAGGAAGUCUCAGGCUGUUUUGGAGCCUUUCGUGGCUGUGCUAGCAAAUAGCAGGUCCCCAAGUUUGCUGGUGCUGGCAAAAACAGAAUCAAUGAAGCAUGGCAGACGCAGAAGCGGCACAAUAAGGCGAAAGGAAGAGCGUAUCCUGCUACUGUAUGGGCUGGAUCAACCUCAACUUGUAACUGGUGGUAGCUACUCCAUCCAUUAAUUCUUUCCCUCUGUUGAGACAACUUAAAAGUACUAAACCACUACUCUAACUCUCCUAUUUUUCCCUGACUUUUGAUCACAGUCUCUUCUCAAUUAAUUAUGUCUUACCAUAAAAGAUACAGGCAGAUACAACGUGAGCUCAAGGAACUGUUGGUUAGUAGUAGUGAAGAGGAAGCUGACUGGGUUCAUCAAAACACCAAAAUUCCCAAACUUUACCAUAAUAACUCUGACCCAUCUUUAAGCUUUUCUGACCAGGACAGUUGUGAAAGUACAUCCUUAUCCCCCUUGAUAGUAACUGCACCAGAAGAAUUAAGCACAGAUGAUGAGAGUCACCACCAUAUAUCUGAUUUGGCACUUGAAGAAGGAUUAGCUUUAUGGGCAUCAAAAAAUAACAUUACACGCCAGGCAGCAAAUGAAUUAUUGGAGCUGUUGAGGAAUAAUGGGCAUAAUCUACCUAAAGAUUCACGCACUUUGAUGGAAACUCCAAGGUAUGUAGAGGUAUUAGAAAAAUGUGGAGGACACUAUUAUUAUUUUGGGAUUGGUUCAUGUUUGCAAAAUAUAUUGAAGACUCAUCCAGCAUUUGUAAAAGAAAAUGAUUCGGUUAAACUCAGUGUAAACAUAGAUGGUAUUCCUUUACAUAAAUCAAGCAAUGAACAGUUCUGGCCUAUACUGAUAAAGUUCAGCUGCUUUAAGCCAGCAUUAGUUGCUCUGUAUUGUGGAAAGACUAAACCAGAUUCUAUUGACAGUUUUUUGGAAGAUUUUCUUCAAGAAUAUAAGCAACUUUCUGAAAAUGGUUUAGUUUUUGAAGGGAAAAGACUGGCAGUAAGAAUAGUUGCAUUUAUUUGUGAUGCACCUGCACGCUCAUUUAUCAAAUGCAUAAAAGGGCACAAUGGGUAUUACUCAUGUGAGAGAUGUGAAAUUAAAGGAACCUGGCAAUCACAUGUUCUUGUAUUAGACUCUGCACAACCCUGUAAUGAAAGAUCUGAUGAGAAAUUCAAUCAGGAACAGUACAGGGAUUCUCAUCAGUUAGGAAAAAGUCCUUUGAUUCAGUAUGGAAUAUCUUGCGUGAAAGGGUUUCCACUGGAUUACAUGCAUAUGAUUUGCCUUGGUGUUACCAGAAGAAUGCUACUUUUCCUCAUAAGAGGUUCUAAGAAAUGCAAACUCUCUCAGCUUCAAAUAAGUUUAAUUUCUUCUUCUUUAGAGAGUCUUUCCAACAAACUACCAAGUGAAUUUGCUAGACAGCCACGAUCACUAGCUGUAAUUGAUCGCUGGAAGGCCACCGAAUUUAGACAGUAUAUAUUAUACACAAGUAUUGUUGUCCUGAAAGAUGUUGUUCCUGAUAUUAUAUACAAAAACAGUCUUUUGCUUACUGUGUCCUUAUCAGUUUUAUUGAAUUCCAAUGAUGAAAUACGAAAUUCUUACUUACCAUAUGCAAGAGAAUUACUUAAGUGUUUUGUACAACAGUGUCGAGAUAUAUAUGGUCAAAGUUUUAUUGUAUAUAAUGUUCAUAAUCUUCUUCACUUGGUAGAUGAUGUAGAGAAUUACCAGUGUUCCCUUAAUGACAUUUGUGCUUUCCCAUACGAGAAUGAACUUCACAAAAUAAAGCAGUUAGUGAGGUCAUCAAACAAUCCAGUUUCUCAAGUUUUCAAAAGACUUGCAGAAAAGAAAAUGUUUAAUGAAUCAAAAGUGACAGAAGCUAAUCACAGAAUAUAUAUAUCUACAAAAUACAAAAAAAAUUGUUUCAUGUUAAAAAAUGAAGAUUUUGUGUUCCUUAGGAAACUAAAAAAUGAUGUCUACUAUGAAUGUGAUGUUCUUCGUCAAAGCCAAACUGAAAUUUUUUUUACUGAACCAUGCAAUUCUAAACUCAUUAACAUUGUGUUUAUGAAAAAUAAGAGUAAUUUAAAAAAGAAAGUAAUUCACGUAGAGCAGCUGCAUAGAAAGGUGAUAAAAUUGCCAUACAAAGAUGGUGUUGUUUUAGUACCAGUUGUACAUGACAUUUUCAGUUAGGUGGGCAGUUGUACAUGGUGUAUUCUCAUGACUGAUAUGUGUUUACUAAAGAGAAGUUAAGCAAAACGUUUCAGAUCUGCAGGAUUUUAGUCUUCAUACACAAGUUGUAUUUGUUAUGUAUCUCUCUUAUGGCCAUUGUUCUUUAUCUCAAAACUGUUCAUCUGCAUCUUCACUCUCCUAUUCGUAUCCCUUAUGCCUUGUGUGCCAGUACAGCUCGGAGUGCUGUUCUUCGGCUUAUGAAGAGGAUUUUUGUCAGGUUGAGACAUGGAAUGUGGAAACGAGCAGUUUGGUUGGAGGGUAAGAAAGAAGAAGAGGGUGUGGUGCCAUCCAGCUGGGUAUUAGAAGAGAACCAAACCUUGUUUUGGCCACAAGGAGUUAAUGCUGAGAAUGCCCUUCAUAAUCAGCAAGAACCAGAGCCUGCAUCAUGGAGAAAGUUUAUGUUGAAAAAAGUGAAGAUCACUUCUGAUAGUUUUCAAGAAUGCGAUACCUACCAUCUGACAUCUACGGUGGAGAGUUCUGAGAGCAACAGUGAUCCUGAUGAAGGUCUACUCAUGAGAAAAAGGAGAAAACGUCGUAAGAAAAAUCUGCCUGAUGACUUUGUCAGCAGUGAAAAGUGAAGCUGUCCACAUGAAGCCAGCCUCACAGAAGCCACAGGUCACAACCUCUCAAGAUAAGGUAGCUUCUGCUCCUUCACAGGUUGUACUUCCAACACCUCCUCCUAAGGUGUCUUUGGAUAUGCGGUCCACCAGAACCCAUGGGAUGAUGGAGUGCAGUGCAACAAAAGAUUCGGUAUCCAGCAAGACAUCCAAGUCAUCUGACAACAGUGAUGGCAGUGGCCAGCAUGACAGGAGACAUCAUGACACGCCUUACCAAAAAAGAAACCAUGAUCGAGGUGACAAUCUUGACCACCAUGACAGGAGACACCAUGACACACCUCACCGAAGAAGAAGCCAUGACCAAGGUGACAGUCCCGACCACCAUGACAGGAGACACCAUGACACACCUCACCGAAGAGGAAGCCAUGACCAAGGUGACAGGAGACACCAUGACACACCUCACCGAAGAGGAAGCCAUGACCAAGGUGACAGGAGACACCAUGACACACCUCACCGAAGAAGAAGCCAUGACCAAGGUGACAGGAGACACCAUGACACACCUCACCGAAGAGGAAGCCAUGACCAAGGUGACAGGAGACACCAUGACACACCUCACCGAAGAAGAAGCCAUGACCAAGGUGACAGGAGACAUCAUGACACACCUUACCGAAGAAGAAGCCAUGACCAAGGUGACAGUCCCAACCACCUAUCUUACUAUAGUGACAGUCCCGACCAGCAUGACAAGAGGCACCAUGACACAUCUUACCGAAGAAGAAGCCAUGACCAAGGUGACAGUCCCGACCACCUAUCUUACUAUAGUGACAGUCCCGACCAGCAUGACAAGAGGCACCAUGACACACUUUACCGAAGAAGAAGCCAUGACCAAGGUGACAGGAGACAGCUUGACACACCUGACCGAAGUGAUAGCCCUGGCCAGAAGGAGAGGAGAUAUGAAAAACACUAUCAAAAUAGAAGUCAUGACCACUAUGACUGGGACAAUAGACGUGAUAGACACAACCAGAGAGACAACAAGAGCAGGUGUGACCCUUGUAAUGACAAUCAAAAGAAUCACAAAGGUAGCCAGGAAGAUGCUGAAUCCAGCUUCCCUCUAACUAGAUUUCAGCAGCGAGUGUUACAACUUCUGUUGGACAUCAGGAAAACUGUUUCGGAUACGAGCACAUGUGGUGGUAAACCAGCUGACACAGCUUGUACUCUUACAAUCAAACGGAAUAAUUCCCUGGAAGAAGUGCAGAAUCUAGAGGAUGAAUUGGUUAAUCCCAGUUAUUUCAUGGAAGUGUGCAACCAGUGCGUCCGCAUAGGUGGCUAUAAUAAGAGAUAUGGUCUCUAAUUUGAUGUGCAGGUUUAUGACCAAAAACCUCAUGUGUCAGUAUAACAUGCUUGGGCAGAGAGGCAAGUUGUCUUUUAGAAAAACAAAGUUAUACAAUGUGAUUCAGGAGAGCGUGCUUAAAAAGUUCUCAGAUUCAAAUGUGACAGAAAUACAAAUGAUAGUUGCAGCAAAAUUGCGUAAUGCUCCAAAAUUGAAAAAUGAAAAUUAGCUGAUGUAAAAUGGUACUUACAAUCAGUUAAGAUCUGCAAGAAUGUUAAAACAAACCAAUCUUUGUCUCAUGCAUGACCUUGGUGAAGUAAAGUAUUUUCAUACCAAGAUGAACUGCAAUAGCGCAGUGAAAAAUCUAGUCAUACUCACUGCCACCAGGAGUCUAACCCGGGUCUCUUGAGUG